CCUGAACAACCUUCGACACCAGACAUGUUUACAGUGCAUGCUGGGUAAGUGUCUGCGAGCAGUGGGCGGGUCCAGCGACAGAACAACUGGUUGGGUGAGUUUUAGGACCUGAAUGAACUGCAGCUGCAGCAGAGAAGCAGAUUCACAGCGAGCAGAUCAUGGCGGCAGCAGAGUCCAGCCCUCUGACCACUCACGUGCUGAACACCGGAGACGGCGUCCCAGCAGCCCGGAUGGCGCUGAGCCUUCAUCGACUGGACUCCAAGCUGAAGAUCUGGAACAUGAUGAGCGUCGGGACUACAAAUGAAGAUGGCCGCUGCCCUGGACUCAUCAGCCGACAAGCUUUCAGCCCCGGCAUGUACAAGCUGCGCUUUGAGACGGGGUCAUACUGGGAGACUCUGGGUCAGACCUGCUUCUACCCGUAUGUAGAGGUUGUGUUUACCAUCAGUGAUCCAGAACAGAGGUUCCACAUCCCUCUGCUGAUGAGUCGGUUCUCCUACAGCACCUACAGAGGAAGCUGAGGGACGACCAGCGAACAGAAUUCAUGACUUGGACUUUACAUAAGUUGUAUUUUAAUAUAUAUAUAUAUAUAUAUAUCAUUGUUAAUAUGACUGCAGACAUAGGAGCAUAAUAAAACAGGCGUCACUCUGGUCCAUGAAAGACAAAGUGAAAAAGUUACUCUAUAAUAUAUUUAUCAUUUCUGUCUCUUUGAAUUAUGUUUCAUGAUGUUAUUUCUCUGAUUGAAAUGUAAUGUAAUUAUUAGAAUGUAUUUUAAUAAUUGAUUUAUCAUUUAAGACAUUUUUCAAGCAGAAAUGUGAAACGUUAGCUGGUUGUUUUCAGCUUCCUCACUGUGAAGAUUCGCUUCUUUUCUUUGUUAAUGGUUUACACCUUUUUUUAAUUUUUUUUUUUAGAUGUAAUAGAUUCAUAUGAUAAUUUGAUUAAUUGACAGUAAUCAGCAGAUUAUUCAACAAUAAACAGAAUGUGCAGAUUACACAGAAACAAAACAUACUUUAAAAGCAAAAAUGAUGGAAUGUGAUGUGACUGCCUUCUUACAUUUUACUUUUUUAUUCUUUAUAUUAAUCUUUAAUUUUAUUUCUUCCCACGAACUAUACCAACAUGGGAAGAUCAUUUGCUUUAUCAUCGUUUUCUAUUGUCAAAAUAACAGUUUUGUUUUUGUUUUUUUACAUGUGAUAUUAAAAUCGUCCCAGGGAAAUAGCACAGUCAUCUCAUGUUUUGGUAACAGUUACAUGAGAUUGAGUGAAGCGUUGAGAAAGUGCCUUUCCGUCUCAGCCAAUCAGUGACAAGGGACGCUGUGAGGCCCCGGGGCUGCCUGUUCAGAUGCCUGUGUGUAAUAAAGUCUUCUUAAAGGAAUUAAA